AUGCCUGCUGAUAGGAUGUCUGCGCCGCUCGCUGCCAUGUCGACGAACGUCGGGCCACAGCGCACGCCGAGGGUCACGUCCAAGUACCGCCCCAAGACAACACCAUAUUCCAAGGUCGCCGUCGCCGCCGAGACGGCCGCCAACACGACCCCACGCACGACACCUCGCCCAGCGCCAGCGUGCACCCGCACACCCAAAUCAUGGGGCGCAAAGCCCAUCGCCGCGCCGUCGCCUUUCAACGACCGCGCAAGCUCGCCCAGCGCCGACUACUUCAGCUGCGGCGACGCACCAGUGCUCGACUUUGUGCCCGCGCCGGACUUUACGCUCGCCGAGGCGCUGGAUAACACGGAGCAGCUUACGCUGUCUGCGCCGCGGCGGCCCCGCGCCGUAGUGGAGGCCAACGGCGGCGGCGGGGGCACGGCGGACCGGCGAGCGUCGCGCGUUAGUAGCUGGCGGCGGAGCGUUUCUGUGCCUGCAUCCGACGACGACGACCCGAGCCCCGCCUGUACCGACGAGUGGGCGACGCAGCGCGCCUCCUGGGCGGCGGAACGCGCCAGCCUCCUCUCCCGCCUGCGCCGGCACGAGCGCGAGCGCGAGCAGUACGAGAGUGUGAUUGCGCAGAUGGAGGGCGAGGUUGACCGCGUCCGACAGCACUACGAGUGCGAGCGGGUCGAGGCGGGCCGCGCGCGCGCAAAGGAGCGCGUGAAGGCGAGGCGCGAGCGCGAGCGCUGGGCCGAGGAGCGCGCCGAGCUCGCGGGCAGGUUGGGACGGUGUAAGUGCCGUGCCGGGAAGUAG